AUGGCACUUUUGACAAUACUACUCACAUUGCUCGCGCUGCCAGUCGCUUUGACUAUCUGGUCUGCGCAAUCUCUCGCCCAAAAUCGCGCAAAAGCGAGGGCAAUUGGCCUCCCUUACCUCGAACGAUGGAUCUCACCUAUGAACCCUUUCUGGCUGCUUGGCGGCAGCAGAUUUGUGCGCUUGUGCGAACGCUUGGGUAUUGCGACCGAGAACAUGUCUUGCAUCUAUUCGUACGGCUGGGAAGCCAAUACGCGCGCCCAGGUCCACGAACAUGUGGGUAGCGAUGUCUUCAUCGUGGUGCACCCAGGCGGUCUUCAGCUUUGCGUAGCGGAUGCUGCGGUCACGUAUGAUAUUCUGCAACGCCGCAGGGAUUUCCGACGUAAUAUGGAAGAAAUGGCUGUUCUUAACGUGUACGGAAAGAACCUAUCGACGACGGAUGACGAGGAGUGGCAGCGGCAUCGGAAGAUGACUGGCGUUACAUUCACGGAGAAGAACAACGAGCUGGUUUGGAGGCAGUCUUUGAGUCAGACUGAAGGUAUGCUCGAAUUCUGGACCAAGCGAUGCAAGCAACCGAUACGUUCGACCCACCAAGAUACAAAGGUCUUCACACUCAAUGUCCUGGCCGCAGCAAUGUUCGACAAGGUCUAUCCGUUCGAAGGAAAGUCUGAGGAAACCAAGAGCAAGCAUGAGGGUGAUACCUCAUACAUGUAUCGAGCUUCUCUCUCAACCAUUCUGGGCUCCAUCAUCCAGAUCUUCAUCCUGGGCGAAGAAGGACUGAAAGCCUGGUGGACGCCUAAGUCCUGGAAAGGUGCUGCGGAAGCAAUGGCUAUUUUCCGCUCGUACAUUUUACGUCUGAUGGAUGAAGAACGGACACACGUGAAGCAAGGACGGACUGAUCGUCAGCAUCUUGUCGCGCGUCUGGUGCGCGCAUUAGACACAAAUCAAAGUUCCGGCGAUGCACCCCUCUACGAAGUCGCGGACGAAAACAAGGCUAUUAAGACUGUGAAUAUGACCGAAGAAGAGAUCAUCAGCAAUCUCUUCGUAUACGCAUUUGCCGGGAACGACACUACAGCCAUCGCCCUAACCAGCAUACUUUACCAUCUCGCCGCGAACCCACAGUCGCAAGAGUGGAUUAGUGAAGAACUACACCAUUACCUUACUUCUAGCGACACCAGCACAUGGAGUUUCGAGAACUUCAAAAAGCUAAAACGCUGUGGUGCUGUGAUUAUGGAAACAUUGCGUAUCUGCCACCCACUAUCCCAAUUAGUCAAGACGACGGGUUCAAAUUCUCAACCUUUGAAAUACAACGGUGAAACAUACAUUAUACCUGCCGGAACAUCAGUCCAUUGCUCUAUACCAGCUCUCCACGCACUCCCCAAAUACUGGGGACCUGAUCCCCUCGGCUGGAAUCCCGGUCAACAUAUUAGCGUAUCGGAUCCUCAAACUCAAGGAACAAUCCCAUUCGAAAGCGAGGUACUAGCGCCAGAUACAUCCGAGCACUAUCUAGCGUGGGCAUGGGGCCAGCGCGUGUGUCCAGGAAAGCGCUUCUCACAAGUCGAGCUUGUAGCGGUCCUGGCCGCGCUGUUGCGGGACUGGAAAGUAGAAGUUGUGCCUGAAUCUGGUGAAACAGAGGAAGGCGCAAGGAAGAGGGCGUGGGAGUGCAGUUUGAAAGUCGACCAUGAGGGGCAUAUGUUGCACGAGAUGGUCAACCCCGAGAGUGUAGGACUGAGAUGGGUGAGAAGAGUUUAG